ACAUGAACGAAGUGCUAGAGCCCGUGAGGUGCUGGCGUCCGGACGGCCCUCGCGGAGAAAGGGUCCACCUGGGCGUAAAGAGCUACCGGACUGUCGUCGAAGACCCCGUGUUCUCCGGGCCGGACUACGCCUUCGUGCUAUUGAUGCUCUGUCUGGGUCUCGCGUGCUACGAGCUGUUUAGAAGCCUCGCAUCGUUGCAGGUCAGCGCGGCGCUGGUUGUGAUUCGCGUGAUCUUGAGGAUGAGCGACCUCAAGGAGGAGUCGAUUUCGAUCUUUCAGGACUUGGGCAUCGAGGUCCGAAAGGUGACGUUCGGAGGCGGCGAGCAGAUACUGUUCGUGGAGCGAUCCAAGAUCAAGUCCGUGGUCAUCAACGAGGCCGUGACCUGCAGCUCGGUGUUCCCGUAUAUCGCCGUCAUUGUGUACGAAGAGGAAGAGAUGGUGGCGGUGUUCGACUCGGUUCACGUCGAGUACAAGGUGAUAUCGAAGAUAUACAACGAUAUUCUGCGCUGUCGCAGGGCGGAGAGGCGGUCGAGGUUUUCGCGGAGGCCUUCUGGGAUUCGCAGAGCGAAGUCCGUGGGCUAAUAAGUGAGGUUGAGCUCUUUCUCGGUUGGUACUAUCUUUUUUUUUUUUGUUUUCUAAAAAAAA